AUGGAUGUUUCUCUGCUGAGCAAUAAAGAAUAUCAAGAAGAUCCGAAAAAAUUACCCGAAAAACAGGGAGAGGAGAGUAAGGUUGAAAAGAUGGGAGAAGUUGCGAAAUUCUCGGUAAUGGACCAAUCCACUAUGGAAAUCGUGGAUAUGCGGAACAAUGAGCACUAUAUGCUUCUUGUAGAUGCACAGGCAACACUGCAAUCGAUUGAACCCCAGUUAAAAAGUAUAGCCAAGUUAGGGGACGAUAUGAUCGUGUUCCUCAUUUUUGAAUCAAAGGUGUUGUCUCCGGGCGACUAUUUACACUCUAUUAUCACUGACAGCAAUAAUACAUUUUACAUGCUAUGCAAGCAAUCUGUCUUGGAGAAUCCUUCGAUCCCUGUAGAGAAUGAAACAUCCAGAUUCCUGGCAUAUGAGACAAGAAUAUCUGAUCUGGCGACAGAGGUUACCCGGCUAAAAGUGGAGAAUGUUUCACUGAACAACCGUCUAUCUAUGCUGCAUAAUCUGCUUCACGCAAACGGAAUUCGUCUUCCUGAAGAAACAGCAGAGAUCGAGAAGAAGGAGCAGAUUCUGCUGAAGGAAAAGAAAGAACAAGAAGAGAAGGAAGUGAUGGGUCAAGCCGUUAUGCUGAAGUGGACAACCAAAGGAGUGGAAGGGAUUAAGGCGCUCAUCACUGAAAUCAACAACUACACGUACACCAAUCUGGAAGUGCUGGAUCUAACGGAUCUUCAUAUGGGCGACGAAGGCGCAGCUCUUCUGGCACAAGUCUUUUCUCAAGGCUGGUCGCUCGUGAACAUCUUCCAAUACUACUUUUCGCCUCCCACACUACCGCGUCUCCACUCGAUUCUGCUGUACGGAAACGAUAUCACAUCGACAGGAGCGAACACUCUUCUCUCUGCCUUCAAGUAUCUUCCUCAAGUCGAGUUGCUGGGUCUCGAGUUUUUGCAAACCGACGACUCAUCGCUAGGUCGUCGAUUGUCCUCGAAAGAAGUGGAAAUCUUCAAUCACAUGCAGUUGGAAGUCACGCUCUUCACUUCCACGUCGCUGGAUCUCGCGAAUCUGAAUCUGGUCGACAACUUUUUGGUGCAGUUCUGCGGAUAUAUGGAUUACCUAAUCACUGGCGAUGUGACCACCAUUCGAAAACUGUUCCUGAAUCACAACCCAUCAGUAGACAAUCGAUUUAAGUCUCGAGGCGUAAUGAAGCUCGCAUCGCUUAUGGCCGAUAGAAAACUCCCCAAUCUGGAGAUUCUCAACCUCGAAAACAACGAGAUCGACGAGGAGUCCACCCACUUUCUCUCAUGCAGCAUCACAAGCGAGACGGUGCCGAACUUACAGGAGUUCUUGAUCGGAGGGAAUCCGAUCGGCGAUAAAGGCGUCACUCAUUUGUUCCGCUAUUUCCGAAAGAAUAAAGUAAACUUCAUUAAACGUCUCUGCUUGAAUGGUUUGCGGCUCGUUGAAGAGAUUCAGAUGGAGUAUGAGGGAAUUCGAUUCAUUAGCAACUGCGUGCUGUUCGAUACGAUGAAGGGUCUGGUGGAUUUGAAUAUCGCAAAGAAUCGCAUCGAGUCGAAGGGAUUUGUGAUUCUCGUGAAAUCGAUCGAGCGUGGCGGCUUCCCGAAUCUGCAGCAUCUGGAUGUCAGCGAGAACGGCAUUACGGAUGAUGGAGUGAAUUAUCUUCUUGUAGCUCUGUCAAAAGGACGCCUCGGCGUUUUGAUUCAGAUUGAUAUGGCCUCGAACAAAAUCAGCAAGACGAUGAUCGAGACUUGUAACCAAGCACUCAGUGGCCAAGAUGAAUUGCGGGUUUCUUUUGCUGUUAAUCAAGUUUAUUAUUUUGUUUGUUGA